AUGUCCCGCGAACGGCCCCCCCGCACUGACAUCCCGCGCAACCUGAGCUUCAUCGCCGCGCUGACGGAGCGCGCCUACUACCACAGCCAGAGGCCCAGCCUCGAGGAGGAGUCGGAAGAGGAGCCAGGCGAGGGAAGGACGCGGCACGGGGCUCGGUCCCGCGCUCACACUCCAAGUAGGGGCCGCCGGGCCCGCUCUGCGCCCGCCGUAGGAGGGGAAGCCCGGGCGCCCCGCAGCCGCAGCCCCGACACCCGCAAGAGAGUGCGCUUCGCCGACGCCCUGGGGCUAGAGCUGACCGCCGUGCGCCGCUUCCGCCCGGGAGAGCUGCCGCAGGUCCCCUGCCACGUGCAGGUCCAGCUGCACAGGGACGCUCUCCACCACUUUGCGCCGUGCCAGCCCCCCGCCCGCGCCCUCCAGGAGGCGCGCGCAGCCCUGGCACCGGCCAGCGAGCCCGGCUUCGCCGCCCGCUUACAGGCGCCGCGCAUCUGCCUGGAACGCGCAGAGGCGGGCCCGCUGGGCGUGGCCGGGAGCGCGCGCGUGCUGGACCUGGCCUACGAGAAGCGCGUGAGCGUGCGCUGGAGCGCCGACGGCUGGCGUAGUCAACGCGAGGCGCCUGGCGCCUAUGCCGGCCCCGCCCCGCCCCCGCCGCGCGCCGACCGCUUUGCUUUCCGUCUUCCCGCGCCACCCACUGGGGGCGCCCUGCUUUUCCCCUUGCGCUACCGUGUGACGGGUUAUGAGUUCUGGGACAACAACGGCGGCCGUGACGGUGCUCUGCGUGGACCCGAGCAUCCGGGCAGUGCCGGAGCCCCAGAGCCGCAGGGCUGGAUUCACUUUAUCUAG